UUUUUCUUUUUUUUUUGCCAGGAGUUCAAAGUUCUUUUUUGUUAAUUUUUUAAAUUAAACAUUAUCACUGCUAUUUACACAAAUAUAAACAAAUUAUCGACGACAACAACAAAAACGCCAAUAACAGAUUAAAACACAGUCUUCCAUUUUUAAAAGAACAACAAAAUGAUGAACAUCGCAGCAAACACACUUCGCCAGACUUUAAAUAAAAAGUUUACAGUACAACAAAUACGUCACCUUAAUUUGUUGGAAUUCCAAAGCAAAGACUUGUUGCAAAAAUACAAUGUGGCCAUACAAAAAUUCAAGGUGUUGGAUAACUCUAACAAAGAUGUUGAGGUCUUAAAGAACUUUGAAUGUCCCGAAUAUGUUGUUAAGGCUCAAAUAUUGGCUGGCGGUCGUGGUAAGGGAGUUUUUGAUAGUGGCUUCAAGGGUGGUGUGCACAUAACCACAAAAAAAGAUGAAGUUUUACCACUCAGCAAAAAAAUGAUUGGCAAUCGUUUGAUUACCAAACAAACUCCCAAAUCUGGCAUUAUGGUCAGGAAAGUCAUGGUUGCUCGCAGUGUCAACAUCGUGCGUGAGACAUAUCUUUGCAUUUUAUUAGAUCGUGAACACAAUGGACCAGUAUUGAUUGCAUCACCAGCUGGCGGUGUUGAUAUCGAAGCGGUAGCAGAAGAAACUCCCGAAAAAAUUAAAACCAUUCCCUUAAACAUUGACAAACCCAUUCCCCAUGAAACUUUGGUAGAAGUUGCCAAAUUUUUGGAAUUCAAAGGUGAAACUAUUGAGACUUGCGCUCAGGAAAUACAAAAUCUCUUCAAUUUAUUCAAGGCCGUAGAUGCAGUACAAAUCGAAAUUAAUCCUUUGGCUGAGACUGACAAGGGUGAAGUUAUCUCAGUAGAUGCUAAACUUAAUUUUGACGAUAAUGCCCAGUACAGACAAAAGGAUAUCUUUGCCAUGGAUAUAAGCGAAGAGGAAGCUGAUCCCCGUGAAGUGGAAGCCGAGAAGUACAAUCUUAAUUACGUGGCUAUGGAUGGUAAUAUUGGCUGUUUGGUCAAUGGUGCUGGUUUAGCCAUGGCCACCAUGGACAUUAUCAAAUUGAAUGGUGGUGAUCCAGCCAAUUUCUUAGAUGUUGGUGGUGGUGUUAAGGAGGAUCAAGUUCUCAAGGCCUUUGAAAUCUUAACCUCCGAUCCCAAAGUGAAGGGUAUUUUGGUAAAUGUAUUUGGUGGUAUUGUCAAUUGUGCUACAAUUGCUAAUGGUAUUGUAGCUGCCUCGAAAAAACUUAGUCUUAAUGUACCACUUGUGGUACGCCUUGAAGGUACAAAUGUGGAUGCAGCUCGCAAGAUUUUGAAAAAUUCCGGUUUGCCCAUACAAACUGCUUCAGACUUGGAUGAUGCCGCACAAAAAGCAGUAGCUGCUUUACAAUAGAUUUUAAGUUUGAAUAUUAAACUCAAAUGUAUAUUUUAGUUGUUUCCUAUUUAUGUACGUACAUGCAUUUUAAAAGUGUUCGGUAGUUUUUUUUUAUUAACAAAUUUUAUUGUUCCAGACGUGCAUUUUUUCCCUUAUGUUAAUUUUUUAGUAGAAAAUAAAGUUUUUAAAAGUUCAAAUAAAA